CCAAUAAUUAACUUGUGAUAAGGCGGGAAGAGAAAGAAACUGGGCAGAGAAAGGUAGUCAGAAGGAGAGGAACACAUGAGAUAAAGUAAAAUCAGCAGAGAAAGAGGAAGGACGUUGACUCAGCAGAAGCACUUUGAGGGGAAAGGAGGAAGUUUAAAGCUGUGACAGUCCGAGUUUUGUCUCCUCUCGUUGACUAAAUGGAGGUGGUGGAAGACACAGAGGCUCCUCGGACCGUGGAGCUGAACGACGGCUCACAAAUGCCGCUUCUGGGUCUGGGAACAUGGAAGUCGGCUCAUCUGCCACCGACGCCGCUCCAGGGCGCCGUGGAGGCCGCCAUCGCCGCCGGUUACCGCCACAUAGACACGGCACACAGCUACAAAAACGAGGUGGAAAUCGGUAAGGCUCUGAUCUCCAAGAUGAAGCAGGGCAUCAUCCGACGAGAGGACAUGUUCAUCGUCAGCAAGCUGUGGUGCACCUUUCAUGCUCCAGAGGACAUCACCUGGUGCUUCAACAAGACCCUGAGAGACCUGCAGCUGGACUACCUGGAUCUGUACCUGGUGCAUUUCCCCGUUGGUCUGAAGAAAGUGGGAGACGAGCUUUUCCCGAUGAAGGACGGAAAGAUGCUGACCACCGACAUCGACUACGUGGAUGUCUGGAGGGGGAUGGAGGCCCUGAAAGCUUCAGGGAAGGUGAAGAGCAUCGGAGUGUCCAACUUCAGCAUCCUGCAGCUGGAGAGGCUUCUGGCUCUGUGCAGAGUUCCUCCUGCUGUCCACCAGGUGGAGCUUCAUCCCUACCUGGUUCAGUCUGACAUGAUCAGCUUCUGUAAGUCCAAGAACAUCGCUCUGACAGCCUACAGCCCCUUCGGCUCGCCUGCUAGACCCCCAGAAUUGUUCAGAGGGGACACUGAUCCUAAAAAGCUUCUGGAGGAUCCGGUUGUUGCAGAAAUCGCCAAGAAGCACCGGCGCAGUCCUGCUCAGGUGCUGCUGAGGUAUCAUGUCCAGCAGGGCGUCUCCGUCAUCCCGAAGAGCGACAAACCGCAUCAUAUCCUGGAAAACACGAAGAUCUUCGACUUCAGCCUGACUGAUGAAGACAUGGAGGCUCUGAGAGGUUUGGACCGAGGAUGGAAGGCCUGCAUACUGGAAGAAGUGAAGUCUCACCCGUACUACCCCUUCAACUGAGGACAGAAAACUGGAUCUACUCAAGCUUCAACACAGUAUUACCCACCAGUUCAGGAACAAUCACCGUGAAAUGUGAACGUUUUAGACAUUUUAUUAAUGGAAAUGUACAAACAAACUUCAGAAGCACGUCAUAUUUUAUUACAAUGAGCAGCAGUGAGCACAUUUAAUGUUUAACUUCAUUACAUGCACUCUGUGUGGAUCAUACAAAACAAUAAAUAAUCAUUUAAAUGUA